AUGGAAUCCAACCACAAGGACCCUCCAGCUGACCCCCAUCCCCCAGCUCGAUGCCUCUUCUGCCCGGAUGAGUACUACCAUCAACUGAUCCACCCUCCACCUGCGCAACUGAACUCAUCAAUCACCCCUAUCAUAACAGCCAUCGCCCCGCCGACGAAGCAAGUAUCAUUCUCACUGCGUAUGAUCGAGCUUGACUUUCGGUAUGUCCAGAGAGACGAGCCCACGUUUGACGAUCAGAUGUUUCUGGGCUCGUGCUUUUACUGGUUAUGUAUCACCCUGUAUCAUCCACCCCCUCCUUCCCCUCAACCGGCCACAGCUCAUGAGUCACAGUGGAACGUGCGCUGGAGUGGUGGUGGUGGUGUUGUAAAGGUGCAGUGUGCUGCCUUGGACCUUUAG